GGGGGUCCUGUGUGUGUGCCUGUAGAGCAGGUUGAUCAUAGGCCCCUCAGCAGUGUGUGUCCCGCUUGCUCGCCCUCUUGUCCCCCUACGUGGGGUGAGCUCCCGGGGAAGGAAGCCAAAGCACCUCUUCUCCAUGGCCCCCUCCACGAGAAGAGGUCCUCCAGGCUCUUGGAGAGUGGGCGAUGGGGAUCUUCGAGAGCUAGGGAUUCCCCUGGUUUAAUGGGUCCGAUAAUCGGGAUGUCACCAGAUAAGAAAGCAGAAACCCCCGGCACACGAGAGGAGCGGGCGGGGCUGCGGGGCACCUGUGGGGCGGGGACCCUGCCUGAGGCAGAGAGUGCCGCCAGCCCCCUGGCCACCAGCUUGGACCGUGUGGGCGGAGUCGAGGGGGGGGCCGAGGAUGAGGAACUGACCAACCUCAACUGGCUGCACGAGAACCUGCUGCAGAACUUCACCCUGGGGGGGUCGGAGGCACAACCCAGCGGCAGCCCCCUCUUCGACAUCGAGGGCGACGGCCUGCCACACGCCCUCUCUUCCAUGUCCUCCUCCUCCUCGACAUCCCCGUCAUCUUCCUCGCUCCUUGCAGGCCGGGCCGGAGAAAAGGACUCGCUCAAAUCCAAGCCUCCUCUAUCCUUCUCGCUGCUCAUUUACAUGGCGAUAGAGCAGUCGCCCAGUAAGUCGCUCCCCGUUAAGGAUAUCUAUGGCUGGAUCCUAGAGCACUUCCCUUACUUCUCCAGUGCCCCUACUGGCUGGAAGAAUUCAGUGCGCCACAACCUGUCUCUCAACAAGUGCUUCCGCAAAGUGGAGAGGAGCUUAGGCAAGGCCAAUGGAAAGGGCUCUCUGUGGUGCGUGGACCCGGAGUACCGACCCAACCUGAUCCAGGCCCUGAAGAAGCAGCACUUCCCUGCCGCGCACGCCUUCUGCACGCCGCCGGCCUCGCCACCCAGCGCCUCCUCCCCCCCACGUCACCUCGUCCUACCGGACCAGAGCAGCUCUCUGAAAGAGUCUGACAUUGACGCCGCUACAGCCAUGAUGCUGUUAAACUCUACUCCCGGGCAGCGCGCCGACCCAUGCGACCCUGACAGUCCGAUGGACCUGUCCCGGCCUGACUCUGUGCUGGUCAGCAGCGACCCGAAGCAGGACCACAACUACAGCAGUGUUCCCCUGCCGCGCUGCCCCUCCCGCUCAAGCUCCUCCUCACUGUCUUCUGUGGAUGAGGGUGGGGGUGGCGAGGCCCCCCUCCAGACACGCCGGGCCGGGAGCGAGGGCUUCCACAGCGACGAGGACUCCGACCCGCCGGACGAUGCCGGGGGCGCCCGUGGCUGGCCCAGCCGCGCCAAGCUGCCAGGUCCGCGGCGCUCCGCCGCCACCAGGGGCCCCCCCGGGAAGAAGCUGCGGCGUGAUGUCAGAGCUGAGGUGGACGAGGAGCUGAAGGAGGCGGCAGGGUCGCUGCUGCACCUGGCUGGGAUCCGAACCUGCAUGGAGGGUUCCAAACACAGUGCCAAGAGUAAAAAACUCAACAGGAAAUGAGGCGCCCUGACCCCCCUGUAACCUUUGAACCCUGACCCCGCUGUGUCCCGCUCCUCCCUCUCUCUUCAGUUCGGUGAAUCAUCGUUUUCUUUAUUCUCAGAUUUUGUAAGAAAAAAAUGAAAAUGGAAAAAAAAAAAAUAUGUGGGAAUACUCCCUCCCUCAGCCCCCACCCCCUGCCCCCCCCCACAACACAAAUACGCACGGCAAUAUUACCAUCCACUGCGGAUUAUGAAGCCAUAUUAAGACUUUUACCGGGGGGAGGGGGAGGAGGACCAAGAAGAGACACCUAGUUGAAAGAUAAACCGCCAACUCUGAACCGUCAUGCCAACUGGAGCAAUUCCGUCUUUUCUUGUUUUUGUAGGAGAAUUGGCCCCCAAAGGUGUUCGAAGACUCGAACCAUUGCAUGCUUCCAGGUGAAGGUAUUUAGGAGAAUGAGUGCAUGUAUAUAACCGACAACCUGACCCUAGCCUAGUCUGGAUUCUUCUGCCAUUCAGAUAUAAAACGACAAAACAGAAACAAGGAAAAUCACUUUGAAAAAGGGGAAGAGGUUGCCGCCGGUAUCUUCUGAAUCGAGGACAUUGGUCUAGAGUUACCACACAAAGAGAAAUGCAAUAAUUAUUCCAAAUCCUUUAAUUGUUGUAUUUUUGUUUUUCUUUAAUGCCUACAUUUGUCAGCUUUUGUUUCUUGGUUUGGAAGGUCAUCUUGAAUUCUGAGGCAUCGGGAUCCUGCCAUUGGAUAAGUGUCUGGGAUUUUGAAUUGUAAUGUUGGAAGGAGGGGGGGUCUCCAAAUGGCCGCCCCAAACCCUGCAGCCCAGGAUUUGGCCUUUUUGACAAAGUGCCCUGCGCCCCUGCCAUGUGAACACCCCCUGCUCCCUCUUCCUCCUUGUGCCGUGGUUGGUGUCACAAUAUUGAUUAUGUCUUCAGCCUCCCUAGUGUCACCUGCAAAAAUAGAAGCUGAUAUUUGCAGCCGAACGGGCCGGCCUGCCGUCCUGACCCGAGGCACUAGGCGGGGGACGUACAUUGGCCGUGCGAGUGUAGGGAUCCUGUCCUGGUCAGGUGGUUUACUGCUGGGACUUGUAUUUAAUUCUCGUUGCUCUAGAUAACACGUGAAACAGGAAACCGCUGGAGAGGAAGAGGAAGGCACUUCCAAAAGUUGAUAUAGCAGUGCCAUUACACUUUGUAAGCUGCAAGGGCGUUCUGUGUACUGGUGGAGAUUCAUGUCACCGAGGGCUGUGGCUGUCAUUGGCUGAUACAGAUAUGCAGAUGGACACGCCCCCCUCCCUGCUCUGCUUCUGUUGUUCACAUAGGGAAAUGACACUAUGGGAGUGGCAGGUCAUCUGUGCUUCUCCCAGUCAAAUUCUCCCCCCAUCUCAAAGCACCCUGUGUGCUGUUUGGCUUUCCAGCUCCUGGGCUUCUGCUCAUUAUAUUCAAAUGUCAAAACAGGAAAAACUUUAAACAAGCAAAAAGGGAACAAAAUCAACAACAAAGGCUCAGUCCAAUCCAAACAUGUAUGGGGGGCUGGGGGAUCUGACCAUAGGGGGCAUCCACUGUGUCACCGGCCCCUUGGAGUUUUUCCCAUGAUUGACAGGAAAUGAGGGUGGGGGUUGAGGGUGAGGGUGGAGCUGGAGAGCCAAUGGCGGGCAGAGCAGAAACAGCCCCCGGAAUCCGGCCCCGGCCCCCCGGCCGACUCUCUCCCCCGGUGCGCUUUCUGCCCCGCCCUUCUUGCACAUUUUCACUUUUUUGGAGCAGCCAGCUAUUUUUUUAUUUUUUUUUGGGGGGGGGGUUCUGGGUUUUCUGUGUGCCAUAGGCUGCCAGCCACAGUAUUUAGCGGGUGAGGCAGACUCCUGCUUGUUCGGGGGAGGGCUUGAGAUACCGGAGUGGUUUGCCGUAGUGACGGCCAGUAGCUGCCUAGUAAGGAGUGCGGAGUUACUGUCCAGCAGGGGGCGCUACCAAUUAGUGGCUGGUCGUACAUCCGGACCCCCUGAGAUGAGAUUUUUUUUCACCCUCAUUCCCAAUAAUGACUUGAACUUCACAAUUAGGAGACAAAAUUAAAUGUCUCCACCAGGUCCUGCUGUUUUGCAGAACUUCACUGCCUCUGCUCCGAAGGUGUGACCCCACCCCAUAGGCUCAUCAUAUCCACUGCUAUUCUUGGGGAGGGGGUGCUUUGCGCUGAUGUGGGGGUGGGGGUGGUUGUCACCGAUUAGGUGCGCUGGCCUUGUCCGGUCAGCUGACAUUGAGUUUUGACCUUUUGACCUCGCCGCCUUUUCACUGCCAUAAACUGCCGCCUUCAUGUUGGAUGAGCAUGUGCUCGAAACGUUCAUGCUGUUCUCCAUUAUUUUUGCCUGAUAUUCAUUGUGCUUCAUCUGCAUCAGGUCUUUGUCUUUCUUCUUUUCCUUAUCAUGAUUGCCAAACUCCUAGGGUCUGUCUAACAGAUAGGGAUACAUUUAUUAAUUAACAGACAGGGGAAGGGGAACAUAAGCAGGAAUCACUGUUCUUCCACUGACAGACAGAUGUCUGGGGGAUCCUCCCUGUUAAAAUGUGGUACUGCCUGGAAUGUAUUAGUUAUUGAGUUGCCAUACCACGUGAUAUUUACAUAAACCAUAACUGCCCUUCACGUGACGGCCGUCGCAGACACAGCUAGGAGAUGCGACAAGCAGAGCGUCAAACACGAGCUGCUAAUGACGGCCGCUGGGAUGUAAGCACACUGAUGUACACGAGAACACAGGUUUACAGUGCGGAGGGGGGGUAGUGGUCGGAUGCUGCCCUUUUUUAGCCCUCCUGGUUAUGCCGAUUGUGGGCAAAAUUUACUGCCGGAAAUUCCCGAUGGCGCUACCUGUUAAGGGCGGAGAUGUAGCGGCUCUGUCAGUGCUGGUAGGGAAGCUGGAACGCGCCGUUAUUAAGAUGGUGCCGGCAGCAGGUUCCCGUGCGCGGUGCAUGUGCGUGUGUCAGCGGGUAGGUGGGAAUAAUCACCGGCGAGCCCACAGCGAAGGAAGCUCUCGAGUGUGAGACUCAUGUCAUCGACUGUGUCUUUGACUGUCUUCACCUGGUCAUAUGUUCAGGCUAGUUUAGUUAAGUUUUUUUUUUUUUUUUUUUUGAGAACUCUUACUAGAUAAUGAUGAUUGUUUCAAAAUUAUUAUUAUUAUUAUUAUUAUUAUUAUUAUUAUGGCAAUUUUUGUCAUGUUUAACUAACUAAAGCUGCCAGUCCAGUAUCAGUUUGUGUCAGUUGUCUGCCAUGUCUGUUAGACAGACAAACCUUUGGUUUUUGUACGCUAACCUCUGUUAAUAAAAUGUUUAUAAAGUUUAUUUUCGCCAAAGAUAUGCAAUUGCAUUAUAUAUGGUAUUACCGAAUAAAAAAAUUCUUGUUUUAC